AUGUUGUUCAAAGAUGAGAAUCGCCUCGUUUUCGCCUUCGAUGCUGAGCGGCUAUGGAUUGAGCCCUGGGGUGAGAAUGCCUUGCGCGUUCGGGCGACCAAGAUGAGCUCGAUGCCGGAACAAGAUUGGGCGCUCCUCCAGCCAGCAUCAAGCAAGACGCAGAUCACAACUGAGGAUGCUUCUGCUUCAAUCGUCAACGGCAAAAUCAAGGCCGCCAUCUCCAAGGCGGGGAAGUUGACUAUCUGGAACUCCGACGGCAAGCUACUGCUCGAGGAGUAUGUUCGCAACCGCAACGACAUCACAGAUCCUAAGACCAGUGCUUUGGAGGUGGAGGCGCGAGAGUUUAAACCUAUUUCAGGCGGCGAUUAUCACCUCAAAAUGCGGUUUGAAAGCCUCGAUCCGAAGGAAAAAAUUUAUGGCAUGGGCCAGUAUCAACAGCCUCACCUAGACGUCAAGGGAACGCAACUAGAACUCGCACACCGAAAUUCGCAAGCCAGCGUCCCGUUUGCUCUAUCAUCGCGGGGAUACGGAAUUCUGUGGAAUAAUCCUUCCAUUGGAAACGCCGUGCUGGGCAAGAACAUUAUGUGCUUCGAAGCUCUCUCCACCAAGGUAUUGGACUAUUGGGUGGUGGCUGGUGACACGCCAGCAGAGAUUGUGGAGGCCUAUGGUACCGCAACCGGCAAGGUGCCCAUGAUGCCUGAAUAUGGACUGGGUUUCUGGCAGUGUAAGCUCCGAUACCAGACCCAGGAAGAGCUUCUUGAGGUUGCGCGCGAAUAUAAACGUCGCAAGCUGCCAAUCGAUCUGAUUGUGAUUGACUUCUUCCAUUGGCCGAAGCAAGGUGACUGGAAGUUUGAUGAGACCUACUGGCCCGAUCCAGAUGCAAUGGUCAAAGAAUUGAAGGGCAUGGGCAUUGAGCUAAUGGUUUCAAUUUGGCCGACUGUCGAUAAGGAUUGCGAUAACUACAAAGAGAUGGUUGAAAAAGGCUAUCUGAUUCGCACAGACCAUGGCGUGCGGUUGGCGAUGGACUUUCAGGGCAACACCAUCCACUUCGAUCCCACCAACCCGGAGUCGAGACAAUAUGUCUGGAAUAAGGCCAAGAGUAACUACUACAGCAAGGGCAUUAAAGUAUUCUGGCUAGAUGAGGCCGAGCCCGAGUAUAAAGUCUACGACUUUGAAAAUUACAGGUACCACCUCGGAUCUAAUAUUGCUAUUGGCAAUAUCUACCCGCGCGAGUACUCGCGUACCUUUUAUGAGGGUAUGGAAAAAGAAGGCCAGACAAACAUUGUCAACUUGGUCCGCUGCGCCUGGGCUGGUAGCCAAAGAUACGGUGCUCUUGUCUGGAGCGGGGAUAUUGCAUCCUCGUGGAGCAGCUUCCGAGACCAGCUGGCCGCCGGUUUGAAUAUGGGCAUCUCUGGCCUGCCCUGGUGGACGACAGACAUUGGCGGUUUCCAUGGUGGGAACCCCAACGAUGAAAAGUUCCGGGAGCUUCUCGUCCGCUGGUUCCAGUGGGGCACAUUUUGUCCGGUGAUGAGGCUGCAUGGAGACCGCUUGCCUCUGCAGCCUCAGCAUGGGACGACGGGCGGCGCGCAAUGUCGCAGCGGCGCCGCCAACGAGGUCUGGUCUUUUGGGCCGGAGGUGUACGAAAUCUGCAAGAAGUAUUUGCAGAUUCGCGAAGACAUGCGCGAGUACACGCGCAAACUCAUGAGAGCAGCCCACGAAAAGGGCUCACCAGUGAUGCGCACACUUUUCUACGAGUUUCCCGAAGACGUGAUAUGCUGGGACGUUGAGCGGCAGUACAUGUACGGCGAUAGGUACUUAUGCUGUCCGGUGAUGGAGCCUGGCACGACCAAGAUGAGCGUUUAUCUGCCAAAUUUUGGCGAAAAGGACAAGCAGAAGAGCUUCUGGAAGAAUUUCUGGAGCGAGGACUUGUAUUCUGGUGGCUCGACCAUUGAUGUAGACUGUCCGCUCGAUAAAAUGCCUGUAUUUGUUCGCCAGUGUUAG